UAGGCAUUGCACACUUAAAUCCUAAUGUAACCGUAAUAAGCUGAGCGAAUUAAAUUAUGGAAGAGUGCAAAAGGAUAGGUUUGUUUUAUGAGAAAUGAUCCCAAAUAGGACCAAAAUUUUACUUAUGUAUCCGAAUAGGAGUAGCUACUUUUUUAAACCUAAAUAGGACUACUUUUUUAUUUAAUCCCACUUUUGCCCUUGAUUUAAUUGUAGCAGACUAGCAACACUCUUCUUCGUCGGAUCUGAAGUGCGCUCUUCCUUAGUCAAACUACAGAGGCGGAAAACGAAUAAGAUGAGAAACCGAUGAUGGACGGCAACCAGGUUUCAGGGCGGCGCCGAUGAAGAUGACGGCCAAGACGGAUAUAUCUUGCACCGCUUCUCUGUUUGAAUUAUCAAUUCUCCGGUGAAUUGGAUUUCGCCGCUGCAAGUGAAGGUUGUCGGGAUGCUUCUGGCGGCGAAGAAGUGGCUCGCCGGAGCAAUUUGUUCGAGCAGCUUGAAGAAGUGAUGUGUAGUGUUAAGCAGGACCUAUUGUGGGCCGAUUCCAUGAUUUCUGAGCUCAAUCCGUUCACUAUGCCCCAAUCUGAAUUCUCCACCUUUGUCAACGGUCUUCCCAGCCCGGCUGCCUCAUCUCAGGUCUGCGACGACUCUCCUUUCGAUUUCGCAGAUCUAGCCACAAUUCCGGGUAGAGCGGCAUAUCCUCGAGUCGAGACACCUCAUGCGGCGGUUGAGCAGCCUCCUCUCAACAAGAGAUUCAAGUCUGUGUCCAAUUCUCAAUCUUCUACCAGUCAAGUCGCGCUGUGGUCCUCGUAAGAGAUGAAAACUGUGAAGGAACUCAGGAAGAAGAUGCGGCUGAAAUUCCCCAGCAAGUCAUUUUUCAAUUUCUUCAUCUUUUAUUUUGAUUAAUCUUUUUUAUUCCUUUAUUUUUUAUUUAUUAAAUUGAAUGAAUAAUUUAUCUUUUUUAAGACACAUGACAUUGCGAAGUUGUGUUUGACAACACUGUACCCCUUUUUCAAUAUUUUUAUUGUUUUUACUUAGGUAUCAUUUGAAUCGUUCCAGCCUUCCAG